GAUUUGCUAUAUAUCUAUCUUACAUGCAGAUCCUGGACGUGGUUGGCUGUUGGGAGACAGUGGCUAUCCCUGUCGACCAUUCCUAAUGACACCCAUAUUGCAUCCAAGAAAUGAAGCCGAAGAACGGUACAACCAAGCACACAUAAGCACGCGAAACAUUAUAGAGAGGUGCUUUGGUGUAUGGAAGAGGACCUUCCAUAUAUUGCAUGUGGAGAUUCGAAUGAAGCCUGCAAAGGUGACGCGGAUAGUGUUGGCGUGCGCUGUGCUGCACAACAUGAGACGGAUGUGGGGGGAACCGAACCCGGAUGUUCAAGACAACCUUGACGAACAACCGGACGUACAGAACUUUGACGGACCAAUGGACGGACGUGGUGUUAGGAAUAGACUGAUUGAACAGUAUUUUGUAUGAUGUUCAAGUGUUUUUUCCACUAUGUUUUUCAUGUUGAAUGUAACAGUGCUUCAUUGAUAAUAAUUUCAUUCUUCUUGUUAUCUCCCUGCAACCCGAAGGCGGAGGGAUAUAGUUUUAGCGUUGUUCGUCUGUCUGUCUGCCAUAAACUUGUCA